CACGUCACCGCCGCCGCCCCGGGACCCAGCGGGGCCCUCCGCAGGUACCGGGAGGGAGGGGAAGGGGACCCGGCUGAGGGGGAUCCCGCUCUGUCUCGGGGGUGACUCCCUGGCACGGCCCCGGCAGUUCACCAGGAGCUUCCACCUUGCUAUGAGAACCAAAGAUGGAUCCAGAAGAGCAGGAUUUGCUGGGGGAUUACAGAUACAGGAAUUAUGCUUCAGCAAUUGAGAAAGCUCUGAGAAACUUUGAAUCAUCCAGUGAAUGGGCAGAUCUGAUAUCUUCCCUUGGCAAACUCAACAAGGCUCUUCAGAGUAACCUCAAAUAUUCUCUCCUGCCAAGAAGGCUGAUCAUCAGUAAAAGAUUAUCCCAGUGUUUGCAUCCAGCCCUUCCCAGUGGAGUGCAUUUAAAGGCCUUGGAAACCUAUGAAAUCAUCUUUAAGAUCAUUGGGACCAAAUGGCUUGCCAAGGAUUUAUUCCUGUACAGCUCUGGGUUGUUUCCUCUGCUGGCAAAUGCAGCAAUGUCAGUGAGGCCUGUUCUCCUGGGCUUGUAUGAGAAAUAUUUUCUUCCUCUCCAAAAGUCCCUCCUGCCUGGUCUUCAAGCCUUUGUCAUUGGGCUCCUGCCUGGAUUGGAAGAAGGAUCAGAAAUUUAUGACAGGACAGAUGCUCUGCUGGUGAAGCUCUCCCUGCUGAUGGGCCAGGAGGUGUUUUAUGGAGCUCUCUGGGGCAGUGUCCUGGUCAGUCCAUCCAUCAGGCUUCCUGCUUCCCUCUUUGUGGUCAGUCACAUCAACAGGGAGCAGUCUGGGAAGCAGCAGAAGUACAUGCUUGGCACAGAUCACAAGCUCACAAUCAAGUCUCUGUGUGUGUCAGUAUUGGAUUCCAAUGUCCUUGUGCAGAGGAACACUCUGGAAGCAAUUCUCUUCUUCUUCCCAUUUUACACAGCUUUGGACUGCAAUGAGAGCACGAUUCUGCUGCCCAGGGCUGAUCUCAUCUACAUCCUGUCAGCAGCAACCCAGACACUGCUGAGGAGAGACAUGUCCCUCAACAGAAGACUGUAUGCAUGGUUGUUAGGCUCUGAUAUUAAAGGUGGUACUUUUGCUCCAGACUCCACAACUUCUGAAGACCAGGCUGUUUAUUUCUUUGGGAAAUAUUCUAAAGAUCUUUUGGUUGAGAGUUUGGUUGUAAUUUUGCAUCAGAAAUUCCCCGAGUCUGACAAUACAGAGGAGCAGCACCAGGCUUACCUGAAACCCUUCCGCAUCCUCAUCAGCCUCCUGGACAAACCUGAGAUAGGGCCACAGGUGGUUGGGGAUCUGUUCCUGGAAGUUCUCAGAGCCUUUUAUUCCUACUGCAAAGAUGCCCUUGGCUCUGAUCUCAAACUCAGCUACAACCAAAGUGGCAACAUCCUGGCGAGUGCAAUCAAAGAGAACAAAAACGCCUCAGAAAUCGUCAAAACAGUCAAUUUGUUGAUCACCUCCUUAAGCACAGAUUUCCUCUGGGAUUACAUGACCAGAUGCUUUGAAGAUUGUUUCAGAAACAAAUCCUCAGAGAUGAGAUAUCCUCUGGAAAAUAUUAGCACUCCUCCUACAAUUUCAGAGCUCUGCACACUCUUGGUGUUCCUUCUCGAUGUGAUCCCUUUGGAACUCUACUCUGAAGUGCAGACUCAGUACCUGCCCCAGAUGCUCAGUUACAUGGUGCAGUCUCUCCUGGAAAACAUGGAAUUAUUGGGUUUGCCAGAACUCACUCAUGCCUUAAAGACCUGUUUUAAGGUGCUCAGCAAGGUGCAAAUGCCCCCUUCCUACCUGGACAUCGAGACAGGGAGUGGAAACGGGAGCCCAGUGCCAAAGGAAGAUGUGGACUUAACCUUGGAGACAAAGUCAGUGCUGCAGGAGGAGGAGGAGGCUCCAUUCCAGCCCCUCAAGUCAGAGGACAGUGGAAUUGGUCUGAGUGCCUCAUCCCCAGAGCUCUCCCAGCACCUGGGGGUGCCCACAGUGACCCUGGAGAGGGAUGAUGUCUGGAAGAAAGGGGGGAGCAUCCAGAAGACUCUGUUGUGCAUCCAAGAGCUGGUUGCCAAGUUUUCCAGUAAAUACAUUUUCGGGGUGCAGCUCCAAGAAACGAGCAACGAGGGCGUUACAGCAACGAAUCCGAGUGGGAAGGAGAAAAAGGAGAAUGGAUACAGGUUCCCUGAGAGUGCCAGCAAGAAAAAGAGCCCCUGGGAUGCCAAGCAGAUCACUGUGCCCCAGGUUAAACAAAUGCUUUCAGACUUGUUCUCAGCCCGGGGGUCUCCCUUCAGGAGCAAGAGUUCCAGCCCUCUGCUCCCUGACCACGACUCUGGGAGUAAAAAGGGAAAGGAGGAAGAAGAGUGGGAUUUGGAACAAGUGAUGCUGGUCUUGGGACCCCUUAAAGGUGACUGCAAGGAAGCUUUCUCUGCAGCUUGUCACCUUCUGCUGGAUUGCACCACGUUCCCAGUCUACCUGUCGGAGGAGGAGAUGGAACAGUUGUAUCUCUCUCUGUUUGAGGUUCCUGGAGGUUGUGAUCCCAGCUUCCCUCUGUGGCUGAGGUCCCUGAUGACCAUCUGCUGCUGUGUGAACGACUGCUACGUCCAGAACGUGUCCAUCUUCACCCUGCUGGAGGUGAUCAACCACUCCCAGUCCCUGGCUCUGGUCAUCGAGGACAGGAUGAAGCGCUACAAAGUCUCCAGCCACAACCCCUUCCUGGGCAAGCUGCAGAUGGUCACCCUCCCUCCCAUCGCUCCUGGAGUCCUAAAGAUGAUCUCAGAGAAAACAGAUUUCUACCAGAGAGUAGCCUGUGUGCUCUGGAACCAGCUGAACAAGGAGACUCGGGAGCACCACAUUCCCUGUGUGGAACUGUUCUACAGGCUGCACUGCCUGGCCCCCUCAGCAAAUAUCUGUGAGGACAUCAUCUGCCACGCUCUGCUGGACAGGGAUAAAGGGACAAGGCUGGAGGCCCUGUUCAGGUUCUCUGUCAUGUGGCAUCUGACCAGAGAGAUCCAAGGCAGCAGAGUGACUUCUCACAACCGCUCCUUUGACAGGUCCCUGUUUGUGGUCCUGGACAGCCUGAACUGCUCCGACGGUGCCAUCGGAGCCGCGGCGCAGGGUUGGCUCAUCCGGGCUCUGUCCCUCAACGACGUGGCCCGGAUCCUGGAGCCAAUCCUGCUGCUCCUGCUGCAUCCCAGGACACAGCGCACCUCCAUCCACUACAUCAAGCAGAAACACUCAGCAGACUUCAUACAUGAUUGGCUUUGCAAGAAAAAGGCCCCUAUGAAAGAGUCCGGCAUCUCCGAGAGCAAUUCCGAGGAAAACCUUCCACUGAGCCAGUUUACUACUGUGGAUAGAGAGGCAAUUUGGGCAGAAGUGGAAAAAGAUCCGGAGUUAAAACCUGAGAAUGAUGGACCCUGUAAUCCCAUAAUUUCCCAGGAAGCAGAUGGUGACCAAGACAACAGCGAGCACACGGAGUCCGCGGACACCAGCACAGGCCACGACAGUGAGAACACAUCCUCCUUCUCUCCCUCUCUGGAGCUGCAGGAGGUGAGCAACGAGGACAAUGACAGAGAGGCCCCAAAUCCCGGGAACGUGCUCAGCUUCCUCCUGUCCGACAGCUCCAAAUCCAGCGCGGCGCUGAACCUGGUGCGUGCCGACUCCGAGAGGACUCAGGCCUCGGAGUCCCUGUCGAGCGACGAAGAGGUGGACCUGGAGCUGCAGGAAAUCACCCAUUCCAGGCUGCUGAAGCAGCAGAAGGAAAAGCAGGAGAUGGUGGAGGCUCUGUUCAAGCACAUGCUGCUGUACCUGCAGCCCUACGACUCCAGGAGGGUGCUCUACGCCUUCUCCGUGCUGGAGGCCGUGCUCAAAACCAACCCCAAGGAAUUCAUCGAGGCCGUGGCCAGCACCAGCAUGGACACCAGCUCCACAGCGCAUCUGAACCUCAUCUACAACCUCCUGGCUCGCCACCAGGAAGCUCUGGUAGGGCAGAGUUUUUAUGGGAAGCUCCAGCCCCAGUCCCCGACCGUGUGUCCCCAUUCCCUGCUGAUAGAGCUGCUCACCUACCUCUGCCUCAGCUUCCUGCGCUCCUACUACCCCUGCUGCCUGAAGGUCACCCACAGGGACCUCCUGGGCAACAGGGACGUGCAGGUGAAGAGCGUGGAGGUGCUGAUCCGGGUGGUGGCCCAGCUGGCCACCGUGGCCAAGGCGGCGGAGAGCAGGAACGUGGAGUUCAUCCGCAGCUUGCUGGGGAGGUGCAAAGUGCAGGAGUUCGUCCUCCUGUCCCUGUCGGCCUCCAUGUACAUCAGUCAGAAACGCUACGAGCUGCUCCUGGCGGACGGGGCCGGCCGUGGUGCCGAGGAAGAGCUCUGGGAAGAGAGCCUGAUCAACUUUGGGCACGACCAGAUCUGGAGCGAACACCCGCUGCAGAUCGAGCUGCUGAAGCUCCUGCAGGUGCUGGUUGUCUUGGAACACCACCUCGGACAGACCCCCGAGGAGCAGGAGAAUCAGCCAGACCUCUCCAAGGAGUGGCAGCAGGCUCUCAACUUCCAGCAGGCCAUCGGGGCCAUGCAAUAUGUGUAUCCACAUCCCAUCACUUCCCAGGGGUUGUUUGUCUCUGCCGUGGUUCGGGGUUUGCAGCCGGAGUAUGGCUACGGGAUGCAUCCCACUUGGGUGGGCUUGGUCACGUCUUCCCUGCCCUAUUUUGGGAAAUCCCUGGGCUGGACUGUGGCACCGUUCGUGGUACAGAUCUGUAAAAACCUGGAUGAGCUUGUCAAGCAGUAUGAAAACGAAGCUGUGAAGGCAUCUGCCAAAACAUCUGCCAGCUUAACUUCCAAGAGAGAAAAUGUGACACCUGAUUACCCACUAACCCUUCUGGAAGGUCUGACAACCAUUGGUCACUUCUGCCUUCUGGACCAUCCUAAUCCAACAAAAAAGUCAUGUUUAGCUGAACCUGCAAACCUGAGGAAUGCCAGGAAUGCCAUCCUGGAAGAACUGCCUCGCAUUAUCAACACCAUGUCCCUGCUUUGGAGUGUCAUCAAGAGGGAAGACUCUCAAAAAAGACCAACUGACUUCUUUGGAACAACCAAAGGCUCUUCUUCAGUCUACUUUAAAGCAACCAAAACAUUAAGAAUGAAAAUAUUGGACUUCCUGAAUCCACUGACAGCCCAACUUGGAAUCCAGCUGAUGGCAGCAAUUGCAGCAGUUUGGAACAGCAAGAAACCUCACAGGAGUCAAAGUAAAACCAAGAUCCUUCCAGUGGCCAGUGCAUCUCAGCUUAUUCUUGUGGACCUAAUUUGUGCCCUUAACACACUGAAAAUUGACACUAUUUUACAUCUUAUCAAAGAGGUGGUCAAGAAACCAGCACAGAUCAAGGGUGAAGAGAAAUCUUCUCUCGUGGAUAUCCCAAUGCUGCAGUUCAGUUAUGCUUUCAUUCAAAGACUGCCUGUCUCAGCCCUGCAGGAGAACUUCCAGCCCUUGUUAGGACUCCUCAAGGAGUCUGUGCAGUUGAACUUGGCUCCUCCUGGACACUUCCUCCUCCUCAGCACCCUGAAUGACUUUGUGACCAGGACACCCACUCUGGAAAACAAAAAAGACCAAAAAGACUUGCAGGAGGUGACCCAAAAAAUCCUGGAGGCCGUAGGGACUGUGGCCGGUUCUUCUCUGGAACAGACCAGUUGGCUGAGCAGGAACCUGGAAGUGAAAGCUCAGCCUCAGAUUUUACCAGACGACUUCAACAUGGAAGAUGUGAAUGAUACCUCAGUGGCACCAUCUUCAAUGGUUUCUGCCUCUGCUCCCUCCAUAUACAGUGUCCAAGCCCUUUCUCUCCUUGCUGAAGUCCUUGCUUCUCUUCUGGACAUGGUUUACAGGAGUGAUGAGAAGGACAAAGCUGUGCCACUGAUCUCACGUUUGCUCUACUACGUCUUCCCUUACCUGCGCAACCACAGUGCCUACAACAUUCCCAGUUUCCGUGCUGGUGCUCAGUUGCUCAGCUCCUUGAGUGGAUACGCCUACACCAAGAGAGCCUGGAAAAAAGAAGUGCUGGAGUUGUACAUGGAUCCCUCUUUUUUCCAGAUGGACACUUCAUGCACUCAUUGGAGAUCCAUUAUUGACCAUCUCCUGACACAUGAGAAAACCAUGUUUAAAGAUUUGAUGAACAUGCAGAGCAGUGCCCUAAAACUGUACCCAAGCUUUGAGCAGAAGGCGAUGCUGCUGAAGCGUCAGGCGUUCGCCGUCUUCAGCGGGGAGACCGACCAGUACCACCUCUACCUGCCCCUGAUACAGGAACGACUGACCGAGAACCUCCGUGUGGGCCAGACCUCUCUGGUUGCUGCCCAGAUGUUCCUCUUCUUCCGAGUUCUCCUGUUAAGGAUUUCUCCUCAGCAUCUCACCUCCCUGUGGCCAAUUAUGGUGACAGAAUUGAUCCAGACAUUCCUUCAGCUGGAAGAAGAUCUGACUGAGGAAGAGGAACCAUCAAAGAGCAACAGCAAACUAAGCAAGCAGAGAGGCCCAGGGGAUGGCAGCGGGUCUGACAUCCAGCACAACGAGCUCUCCUUGUACCUCUCAGCCUGUAAAUUUUUGGACACGGCGCUUUCCUUCCCCCCUGACAGGAUGCACUUGUUCCAAAUGUACAAAUGGGCAUUUGUCCCAGAGGUGGACACAGAGUCAUGUCCUGUGACCUCUCACCUGGUAGAAAACCAUCAGGAAUGCAGACCACACAUUGUGAGGAUCAUGGAUCUGCUCAAGAUGAAAUAUAGGGAACCAAAGCACACUGAGGGAGUUCCCAAGAAGCACAGAUUCCCCCUGCUGACCCUGCGCUCCGUCUCCAGCAUCACCCAGCUCAUGCCCUUCUUCCAGACUCUCUGUUGGGCAUUUACAGCAAACAGGAACGAGUCCCAAAAUUCCCACCCUUCCCCAGCUGUUUCCAUGGACUAUGUUGGAAGCAGCAGCACCCCCAGGAUCUUGCAGCAGCUGGAAGACAGUGUUGAAUGUGACUUCCUUGAGAACAUGGAAAGUUAAGCCACGUGUCGGACACUUUGGAUCGUGGUGGAAAAACAGCAAAACAAGGGAAAGCGUUGCUGCAAUUCCUUUUUUUUAUUCCCCCCAGCUUUCAAGCUACAUUUUGGGAGUGCUCUCCAGUAAUCCAGGAGCUGGUGUUAAAAAGCAGGAAUCUCGAGUUCCUGUGGUGGUGGUGAGGGGGGGGGGGAAGUGCAGUUUCAUGGUAAUUUAUCAGAGUUACUGUAUUUUACUGGUGUUCUUUGGGGAGGCUUAAAGGCAUUUUGUAAAUAAGGGGAGAAUAUUUUUGACUUGGUGAAAGUAGCAAUGGCCCUGGAACUCCUCCAGUAAGUAUUUUAAGCUGCUUUUGGAACUGUGUUCUGAAGGUAGAGGUGAGAAAAAGCUAAUGUUGCAUGUCAGAGUACAAUCAGUUUGCAGAUAAGUCAUUUCCUGAGGUUAAAGCCCUUUUAACUUGGCCUAAAACUUACCAAAUUCCAAAGAAAUCACCUAAAUUCCAACCAGAUGGAUUUUUCUGAGGCUCCUACGUUGUGCAGCCUCUCCAUGCCUGUAAUUUCAGCUCUGUACAAUAACAGCAUCCUCCAGGCUUAGCAAUUCCUAGAUAAAAAUGUGCAUAAAAGACAAACCUCUGCUGUAACAUUUUGUAAUUAGCAUUACUUGAGGGGUUUUUAAUUUUAAUGAAUUGAUUACAGUAUGAUCAUUCAGUUUUUUAAAUUAAAAAAAAAAAUGCUUUGUUCUUUCAGUGACUCAGGCCACUUUGCAACUUCUGAAAUGCAACUAAAUGGAGAUAAUUCUGUAAAAAUAUAAAUUGCUGUAUUCAGCAGCUUAAUGAAAAUGAAAAUAAUAGUCUUUUUUUUUUUUUUUUAGGAACACUUUUUGUACAAAAGAAUGUAUUUGGCUGUUCCUAGAUGGCAAGACAGGUAGGGAGAUCCUCACAGUGCUAAACUGAAAAGGUUUAGUGGUUUAGUGUCAGCAGGAUUUAUUUUUUCAAAACCCACACAACAAACGUGGGAGGCUUCUCUGCAGUGGGUUUGACCCUCAGGCAGAUGAAGUUUUCACCCAGGGAUUAUAAACUAAAGUAAUGAAACAUAUUUUACUCUGCUAAUACUGGAAUGCUCUGUGAAAAUAAUACUAGGGUAGGUUUGUGCUAAACUUAAAUGGACUCUUUGCAUUUUUACAGUUAAGGAAAGUGAUAGACUGAGGUGUGAUAUUGUGUGGUGACUAAGAAUGUGAAUUAUUUCUAGGGAUUUAAUUUAUUAAUGAUUUCUAAUGCUGUUGGGAUGAGCACAAGUGAAAAGCUCCCCUUUGAAGGCAUUACUUGAAUACUGGAGCAGGUUAUUUUUUAAAACGUUUGUGUCCAUUACCUACAUAUCCUCAACAGUUUUUAUGGAUUAUUUUCUUGAGACUCAGGAUGAUUUGGUAGAUUUACUGCC